AUGACAUCUAAAACUCUAUUGGUUGACUUCCCAGCGAUUAUCAAAUCCAAAGUAUUGGAAAACCUUGAUGUUUUCUCAAUUUUGAAACUCCGCAAAGUUUACAAUAAUCUACGUCAAUUCAUUGAUAAGAACCCACCAAAACCAAAUUGGAAUGUGACAGUUUCUACAUGCAGCGAUUUCAUUUCCAUUGAGUUUGCUUCUCCGAAAUGGUUGAAUAUAUCUUUUAAACAAUACGAAAAUAUAUGCAUAAUGUCAUGGAGGAACGAUCAUGUAUGCAAGUCAUUGCAAUUCCAAGACGAAAGUUAUAUUGAUGUGUUCUCAAGAGAACUCGGACUGAUUAUGAAACAUCAUUCGACAGGAGUAUUGAAGUCUUUUUUAAUUAACCAAUACGAAGAGAAAGAUGGUGAACAAGUUCUCGAACAAUUGACUAAAAUCGGAUGUGUUUCUACCGAUGAAGUGGUUUUGGAAAACUGUACCCUCGAUCAAUUUGCUGAAUAUUUCCCAUUUUUUAACUCCAAUCAUUUGUACAAAAUUCGAAUUAAAGACGACUUCGAGCAGGAAAAAAAAGACCAGGAGAAUGACUUCAGAAUGUUGAACUUGCAAGAAAUCCGACAGUUGGACCAGUGGAAAAACUCGAAACACGUGAAAGUUGAAGUGAAUGACUUUCAUGUUCGAAUUCAAGAUUUCUUACAUUUCGAGAAAGUUGAAAUUGAAUGUAAAAUGAUGCCCGUUCAAGAUUGCAUUUUGCUAAAAGAGAAUUUCUUGACAUCUUCCACGUUGACUAGUUUCGAUAUACAAAUAGACGAUGACUUCGAUGAUAGACGGCAACUCUAUGCAUCUUUUGGACUGCCUUCACUUCCAGUCGACGAAGACGAAAAGUGGUUUUUCCGGAUUCCAGAAAAUCGAAAAGUUUUGAGUGUAACUCUUACUGAGGCGGAUGAGUUCCUUUUUCGUAAAAUCGAUAUUCAAGAUGUUCCAAAAGGUGCAGAGAUUAAAAACUGA